AUGGCCGCGCGCUUGAACCUCAAGCCCUUGGUAGCCAUAUCUGACGAGAGUGGCGGCAGAAAUGGGCGGGAUGCCCUCAAUGGCCAAUCUCGCAGAGACGAAGGCAGCGCCCGUCCUGAAAAGGAACCUCUUUCCCGAGCUCGAGGCUCGGAGCAGCGCCUCUAUAGCGACAUCCAUGUCUUCCUCGGCAGCGGCAUUCAAAACAAUCACUGGUUUCCUGGAGGGGUCGCUGGUCGCCUCGAGCAGCUGUUUCAGAACUGCGUCCGUACCGCCGACACGGAUCGUCUCCAGGCUUAUGGACGUCACAUCCUCCCUUUUGAUAGAUCCCUUGCCCUUUUCCACCACGUAGUCUCUCAGGUUGGAGCUCUGAUACCCAAAAGUCGCAUCUUUAGCGAAAGGCGUUUGCGCCGCGGGCAGGAGCCUGGGCCCCUCUUGGACGUAAUGCACAUCGUCAAUCGUGUAUCUACCGCCCUGGAGGAAGAAUGGACAGAGAAUUAUGGCAUCUGCCUUGCCGAGCACCGCCUCUGCAGCCUCAGCCUCCAGUGGGAAAUGGCCUCGCAGGGUAGAGUCGCUCCGCAGAACGACUUCAAAGUCGAUCCCGGUCUCCUUACUGGCGGCUUGGAGGUUCUGGCAUAUUUCAGUGAUGAGCGCCCUCGCCUGGGGCGGGUGCAAGGCGCGGGAGUUGGUGAGGAUGAAGAAGCCUGA